GCUUUUCCGGUCACGUGAUUCAACAUGUCCGCCUUCCAUUUGCCCUGAUCGGAUUGCUAGCCGCUCUGGAAAUAUUUUUGAAGUGAGAAGGCGCGGAUCAGCAGGUGUUUGUCGCCGACGCAACGUGCAUGCGCCUCCCGUGAAAAGGACCAUGAGCGACGACGAGCACUUCGACUUUCUCUUCAAGAUCGUCCUGAUCGGCGACUGCGGCGUCGGCAAAACUUGCGUCGUCCACCGCUUCAAGAGUGGAAUGUACGUCGAACGUCACGGCAACACCAUUGGCGUCGACUUCGCCAUGAAGACGCUCACGGUCGAAGGCAAGAAAGUCAAGCUCCAGAUAUGGGACACGGCGGGACAAGAGCGCUUCCGGACAAUCACCCAGAGCUACUACCGCAGCGCCAACGGCGUCAUCAUUGUUUAUGACAUCACUAAGAGAUCGUCAUUCCUGAGCCUACCGCGCUGGGUCGAAGAAGUGCGGAGGUACACGGGUUCCAACGUACCUCUGCUGCUUGUAGGAAACAAAUGCGACUGUGAAAGCUUGCGAGAAGUGACGCAGGAGGAGGCACAAGCCCUGACCGACCAGUACCCCGAGUUUAUGGCCACCAUCGAGACGAGCGCCAAGGAGAACACCAACAUUGAGUCCGUGUUUGUCAUGCUUGCCACCGAACUCAAGAACACCCACGACCCUGUCGGACACCUGACCGAUGAGGACCUGCGCCGCAUCUCCCUCAACACGAGCAAGGUCGGGCCCAAGGCCGCGUGCUGCACAAAACUGUGAUGGGGCAAACGAAAUUCCCCGCUCAAGAAGGAGAGGGGGCAGCUGUAACGUUACUUCUUUUUUUUUUCCUCUUCCAUCUUGCCUGCUGCCUGCAAAGUAUUUUUCUUUACACGUACCCUCCUUCUUUGACUACCGGAACAAUGCAAUUUGGGAGCCGCAAUACCAACUUGUGCCACUAAUUUAACUUGCCUCCCCCCAUCAUAAGUGGCAGUGUCCAGCAAGAGCACAAAAAAAAUUUGCAACUUCUCUGACAGUUACUUGAGGAUGCUGGACCGAGAGCGAACUUUGUUGCGCGAAUCAAAGGCCCAUUUUCGCUAGCCGGCUCCCGGGCAGAUCAAACAUAUCACCUUUCCGAAGGUCUUUGCGGUUGUGAACACCCGCUGCCUUUUGGCACACGGUCACAAGCGUGCAGUGUCCCAACUGUGAAAAGUUCUUGUUUUUGGUCACUUCAUUUUAACUGUCGUUGACGUCCUCCUAGGCAUAGUACUGAACAUCUGGAUGGAGCGACACAAACAGUGCCUUUCUUAGCCUUUUGGCAUGGCCGGAGUGCUGUACAAGAUCAUUUGCACUCCUCCUUUUGGUUUUGUGAGUAGUAGUUACAACGGGAAGUCUCUCGUAUCCCACGUUUGCAAUAAAGGUGUCACUUUUCAAGUGGGAUUCGCUCGCCCGCUUGAGCCGAUGUCAAGCGCACCUUUUCAUAGCCUUUUAAUGAAGACUACACCUACUGAAAUAACACUCAGGAUACAUUUCCACGAGUUUUAGUCAGUGUUUUUGCCCACUAGUCACACUCCUUUCUUUCCUCAUCGCCACUGCAUCUUAGGAAGUCUUUUUGCUAGUUUUCAAGCUUUUAGGGGUCAAUACAUGUAAUUAAAUGUAAAGGGUGCCAUGACUUCUUUGCUGGUGCAGGCAUGGAAUAGUUAGGCCAAUUGAGUUUGUGUGCACUUUCUGAUUUAGAACCUGCUGCUAAGUACAAUGUCAUGAAUUUCAUUCCUGGUGAAGUGAAAUGUAAAAUGGUAGCACACAUUGUUUAGGUACAUAUUAAAGAAUCUCAGGUUGUCAUAGUUAAUUUGGAGCUCCUUUCCUUCACAUGCAGUGUCUUACAGCUCAAAUGUAGAUUUGGGACAUCAGAAUUCAUCAGCCAGCCCAGUUAGGCCGCCUUAGCAAAUAGCUUUGCUAUUGAUAUUGUCACGGAUGUAGUGUGGCUGUAGCGUGGCAUUGCAGCAUUCGUACAUCACCACUUCUUUGCACGAUUUGAGCCUCACGCAGUGCAGUGUUCUCUGCACUCUUUGAAGAGGAGGUGCAAACUUUGUGCAAAAGGUGUCAAGCUCGAUUGGAAAGUGCACAGAGCUGGCACAAACUGAUUGCUUGUCACUAAAGUUAGCAUUGUCAUUAAUGUUGGAGCAAGGAUAGCUGUGGCACCAUUUCUCUCAUUGCCGUUCAUGACAGCACUGCCGAAUUUCAAAUUCUGGCCUGCAUAACCAUGUCGCUGCAAACAUUUGUUCCAGGUAGAAAUUUUGAGAUGUGGAGAUUGUUAAUGAACCCUGCUCAUCCUGUUGCUACUGGGUACUUUUGUAGAACUUCAACCUUACAUUGCUAUCGUAGCCAUUCCAGAUGAGAAAGCAGUGCAAAUGUGAUGGUAACACAAAGCAGAGAAGUACACGAACAGGCCUAUGUCACCUGUGUAGUUCUCUGCCUUGCUUUGCCAUCCCAUUUGCAUUUCUCUUGCAGUAAUCAACCAACUUGCCCAGUUUUACACUCCAUUACAGUUCCAUUUCUUGUUCAAUGGGCUACCCUGUUUGUCAAAGCCUCAUCAACGCCUGUCCUGUGUGGUAUUCCUGUGCCUUGUGUUCAGUGCCAUUCAUGCUGCUCUUUACUUGGCCCACUUUUACAGUCUGUUGCAGGUGAGAAAAUAUAGGGAGUUUUAGUGUCUUGCACACCCAAGGUUAGGGGAGGCAAACGACUAGGUGUAUGAAACAGAUGCAAAUAUAUACAUUACAGCGCAAAACAAUUGUCAAAGAAUGCGAGGUGUAAAGAUUUGGGUGUGCGGAGACACUUAGUUUUGCCAUUUCUAAAACUCUCAAAUGUUCAUUGAGUUUCAUUGUCGAGUUUCAAUGGCAUCUGACAAAAUUCUCGAGGAGAGCCUAAUACGGCUCUCCUCGAGAAUUUUGUCAGAUGUACAUUCAUUAAAGAGUUCUUCAACAGGCUUUGCAGAUCUUAAGUUCCUUGGGUGCACACUGAAAAAUAGCCUGUGUACACAAGAGGCUUACAUUUGACAAAUGCGCAUUGAUGAAUGUGCAUUUGACAGGUGUGCAUUGCCCCAAUGCAAAUGCAUGCACAAAGCUUUAGGCGACCUAUUCUAAGCCUCUCUAUUCGAAAGCAUUACACUCAUUCAGCUGCAGUAGCACAAAAAAUUGGGCUAGUUGGUAUUGAUUCAUGUUUUAAAGGGGUACUGACACGAAUAUUUUCAGUUAUCGUUUUUUUGCGUCAAAUGAAAGGUCAAGCCCUCAAGAGCCUAGAAAAGGUAGUACUAAGUGCGAGUGCACCCUGAGAAAGUAAUUGCAGUGUGUUUUUAAAAGUUAGUUUCGGUUCCUACUGUACCCUGACGUCACAACACGGUAUGAGCUUCUCGUCACGUGCUCGCACAAUAUAUAGUGACGUUUCCACGGCCGCUCCGCAUUGUGGCUCCGCUGGUGAUGCACAAGCGGCCAUUUUGGAAGUUUUGAUGAUGCACAAGCGACCAUCUUGGAAGUUUUGGUACCUAACGUCAUCAUAACUAGCCAAACUGCUGCGUGAAGUCACCAGAAUUUGCCACAUCGACACUAGCUUGACGUCAAGCUAGUGUCGAUGUCAGUAGGAUCGUCAUAGAAAAAUUGAUUUUAAUAUGGAAUUAAAAUAUCUUAUCAGCAUUUGCUGAGCUUCACACUUGCUCAGAGACGUCUCUGCAUACAGGAGAUUUGCAUGUCAGAGUAAACUCGCCUUCGAAAAAAGGUGUCAGUACCCCUUUAACAGGAUAAGACGCGCAUACAGACACGGACACUAGAAGAAAACGCAGGCGCCAGUGUUAUUUGCGUUUUCUUCUAGUGUCUGUGUCUGUGUGCGCGCCUUAUCCUGUUAAAAUGUCAUUCAGCUAUGUUCUAAGGUUUUGUAAAUAGGUGUUGCUGAGCUUAAAGACAGCAUGAGCACUCAAAUGUGCUCUUGUUCUGAGUUGAACUCAUGAUAUGUUCAAAACACUUCAGGAGUUCGCUUGCAGUGCACUCUCUGCUAACGAAAUUUAUUGUUGCAUCAUAUUCACGAUAUACAGUUGUCGAGAGACUUGACCACAUUUGACAGUGCAGGCCUAAAAUGAACACACAUCAUGCUGAAUGUUUGGAAGCAUGAACACACUCUUGACAUGUCCUGGGAUCUCAGCAUGCUGCCAUGUGAACAACUAUUCACUUGUUUAGAUUUUAGCCAUUUUGCUUUGUUUAGUAUGAUUGUGCUCUCUUGAAAAAAAUGGUAGACUCCCAAAGAAAUGCAGAGGCCACACCGGCUGGUUUUAUGAGAAGGCCAUUUAAGCAAACUUGAUUUAGCUGAUCCUCUAAAAAUGUUGCCGGUUCAUUGGAUACAAGUAACGACAGAAAGCAAUAACCAAAGCACAGAUGUAAAAGGCAGUAUUUAUUAAAUUUGUUUGGCACAAGGCAUUUCUUUACGUAUUCAUGCAUAACUUAUUGGGUUGUUUCUGCUUGCCAGCACUUGCGAACCUGUGGCCAGAAACGAGAGCUGGAAGUUUACCAAGCAUGUUUAAAAAAAUUACCACUGCUUUGGGGUCGCUAAAAAUGCACCAAGAUAUUUAGGGCAUUAUUGGCUGCAUUGUGUGCAAGUGCUGCUAUUUCUUGUGACUCCUGGGCAGUUUCUUUACUCUAUUUAUCAGCCUGGAAAGGAACAUCGAGAGCCAGAUGAUUUAAUGUUUUUGUAUUUGGAGCCCAGGAGGUUUCCUCAUUGUCAUAAAUGCUAAUGUAGCUAUCACGCACAGAAACACCGUUUGCUGCUCAUUUAAAUAGCGCAGUCACAACCCCCCCCCCCCCCCCCCAAGUUUGUUGAUCUGAGUGAAUUGCUAAACCGAGUUACAGUUCUCAGUAGCAGCUGCAGAAUUUAGACUUAACCUAAUCAGAAGUUCACUUCAAGCAAAUUCUUUCACAUUGGGUCUGCAAAAGACCAACCAAACUUACCCAAGUUUAUCUUAAUUUGGUAUAACUGGUUUAACCUUUUUUUUUUAAAUGCGUGAUAGGAGAUACUGACAUCUUUAGGCAGCACCGACUACUCCAUUUUACGUGAAAUUACCGUAUCCAUAAGAUUCACUUACUUUGCCAUUGUCGUAUUUCCCUUGAGCAUAAAAUGCACAUGUGUGUGCAGCCUUUUUUAAAGUGCAGCUAGCAGCCGUCUCUCACAGCAGUUCUACUGCUCAACGCAAUCAUUUCAAAGGAAUGCCAUAUUUUGACAUGCAAAUGCGUGCUUGUUGUCAGCCGUUUGUUGGUGCUUGACAACUGAAACACCUGUAUUCAAGUACAAUUCGCUGGGAAUGGGUUUACACAUAUUGAGCGGCUUUUGACAAAUACAAGGCAUGAACUGAUGUGUUAGCACAUUUCGUCUAUCAACCACUACCCGUAUGAAUCACCAGUUUUAACUAAAUUUGCAUACAAAAUGUCUUGCUUGGAAACUAAAGGCAGACUGUGCCAUACCAUCCUGCCUUCCCUGUGACAUUGCACUCUACAGGGUCAGUGUAAAUGUUUGUGCACUUGUUAAAUGUGUAAACAGGCUGUAAUGAACCUUUGUAUCCUGUAUGUACCUGCAACAAGAGUUUAACUCCUGUUUUUUUGGCACCAGUUACAAAUCCACAAGUAACUGUAGUGACACAGAGGGCUCUCAAGGUUUUUUUCAAGUGUUUUAGUGUUGAUUUGAAAAAAAGAACCCUUUAUGGUGGUGUGCUCUGGUGUUUGUAAAUAGGCUUGGCACACUCAAUAUUGUCUUGACUCGGAUGCUCUUUGACAUCUUGGUAAUCUCUAAAUAGCUCAGAGACAGCAGUGCAAGGCGAUAGCCCAUUUUCUAAAAUAACUGGAAAGAUGCAAAAUGUUUUGAAAAGUUCUUGUUCAGCAAAGGCAAGAGAGCAUGCUCGUACCAUUACACAUGCAUCGAGGUACAGAAAAAUUAUGUGCAUAAAUAUUUGGUUUUAAGUGGAUUCCUUGUAAAAUACAGUACUGUGUUUCUUUAGGGCUACUUUUCGUGUGAGUUGAACUGUGUACUUGGGCUUGUUUCAAGACUCUGCUUGUGGGUUAUCUCAUCAUCCCAGCCUCUUUCUUACACAUCAACACCACCACUGCACUUAGCAUUGCUCGCACAGUCAAUCGCAGGUCACUGUUUUGAGAAAAUCUUCAAGCAUGCAUUGCCUGUUGGUCUGGCCACUGUUCCAUGCACUUCUGUCUUUGGAAGCUGUCUUUGCAUUUUUUCUUCUCUUUUCUUGAGAAAAGUUUCACUCAAUAACUAGCCACACUUCAAACCUUGCUCUACGUGUGGCUUUGAUGGUGCCUUUUGUUCACCAUCGCUACAAUCAUAUGAUUGACUGAUGAGCCCUGGCAUUCGUCAAGCUGCAAUGAAUCAACCAUCUUUUCUGCGCCGAGAAUGGCUAACUAGCAGUGGUCUUGACAUUCAAGCAAUGCUUGCCCAGUAGUAAAUGUAAUCAAACCAGCGGUCACCAGUGCGGGAUGUCAAGUGAACCUGUUUCAUAGAGAAAUGUACCAAGGGCUGCACUAAGAGUAACAUGUGCCCUGACAGGAUGAUCAAUUAAAACGUGAAACUUAACUAACUGGUGCCAAACUAACAGUAGUUGACUCCCGCGUCACUUUGCUAUGGUCCGUACAGACGGUCACAGUUUCGUGCACAUCCGUCCUUGAGACUCUGGUGUGUACUAUUUGAAAUGGCAGUCUUUUAGGUUAUGUGCACUCGCACAUUUUUUUUCUUUUGUGUGUGUAAAAAAUGUGCAAUGUUUUUUACUUUGAUGAGCAAUCACAGACCAGAAGUGGUGCAAUCGAGAGGAAGUAAAUCUCAUACUGGUGCUACUGCGCCCUUGUUUGUGUAAAACUUUAAAAGCGUUGGAAGCCUUUUUUAUUAUUAUUUGUAAACUUGAGGCUGCUUGUGAUUUGGUGCUUCGACACAUUUUGUCAUCCCAUUUGUGCUUGUGGGCACAUUUGCAGCAGGCAGCGUGUUGAAGGCCCAUUUUUAAAUGUUGUUUGGGCAGCUUUAUAAAUAGUGCUACUUUUGGAACAACUUAGUGCAUGAUAUUUCAUGUUGGUGCACUCCCGAAAUAAACAAGUUAUUGCAAUUUUA